CCCCACCCAUAGCACCAACCGUCCCCAGAGCACCAUCAGGACUCCUGGCACACAUAUAAAGGCAGACAGGCCAGGACACCCCUGGCAGUGUGCUGCACAUCCCUGGUGUUGGACUUCUUGUGGCAGAGGCAUCAGGAAUCACCAUGUCAGGUAGAGGCUUCCAGGGGCUGAAGGAGCAGGCAGAAGGAGCGGCUAAAGAUGCUGCGAGUGCGUUGGGACAGGCCACUCAGGAUGCAGUCAGCCAGAUUACAGAUGCCGGCCAGAAAGCUGUGGAUAAGGCUUGUAAGACAACACAGGAUGGUGUAGAAAAAGCAGCUGGGCAAGCUGCAGAAGCAGUGUCUGGCUUUGGGAAAAAAUGUGGAUUUAAGAAAUGAUGUUGAUGUAAGCAAGCAGUACUGCAUGUCAAAUCCAUCUUCACAAUUCCCGACUCCUCUGCGUAGAAAGCAAAAGCUAUCUGAGAUCUGGAUAACUACUCUCUCCCCACAUACAAAAUCAUAAGGCAGAAUGCUCUCCUCAUCCUACCCACAGGAAAAAUGCAUCUCAGUGUAUCUCAUAACAUCUGCUCACCAUGUUCUGUUCAAAGUGGGCUAUAAGGCUUCAGCAGUGUUACUGCCCUGCUCUUGUAGCAGUGCAAUAGUGAUUGCUACAUCUGUUGAAUGUACUCACAAAAACAGCAGAACUGAUACUAUUCUGGAAUACAGAAAUAUCCACAUGAUUAAACUAGGUUCCCUUCCAGUAAUCAGAAGUUAAGCUGCUGUUGUAUUUCAUGUCAAUUAUUUGCUUAUUCCAUUUUGCUGUAC